AACUACAUGAUAUUUGUGUCCUGGUCAGAUCGAAACAACAUUCUCAUCUACCGGACGUUUGAAGAAUUCGAGAGAUUCCAUAAAGAUCUGAAGAGAAAAUUCCCCAUUGAGAGUGGUUCACUGAGGAAAUCAGACCGGACUAUACCCAAGUUUAAAGAUACAAAUGUGAAGCACAGAAAGAAUGGAAAGUUGAACAGGUCCUUGGAAAGAUUAAAACUGCUGGAAACUUACUCUCAGGAGCUGCUGAAAAUGGAUGCUAAGAUCUCCCAGAGUGAAAAUGUGGUUCAGUUUUUCAAGGCACAAACCCAAGACCUAGAUCCUUCCUUUCCUGAAAAUAGUGCUGUGAUCAUGCCAUCAGAAAUUGGAGGGGAAAGGAAAAACCAGCCGCAGCAGCACCUCCCCUCUAUUACGUGCCCACAGGCAUCUCAGAGCUACAGAUGCAUUGAAACCUUUGAGACCAAAGACACAAAAAACAAGACUUUCAAAGUUGCUAAGAAGGAAAUUGUUGAAGUGUUAAUCAAGGACAUGACUGGGUGGUGGCUAGUGGAAAAUGCAGACAAGCAGAUAGCCUGGUUCCCAGCCCCAUACCUGGAAGAGAUUGACAUCCACAAGGACAUCCAGAAUACCUUCAGCUCAAAUGAAGAGGGCAGCUUGUAUUUUGCUGUGCAAGCUUAUGAGUCUCAGAAAGCAGAUGAGCUCUCUCUAAACAACGGAGUCAUCGUGGAGGUGGUCAGAAAAUCUGAUGAUGGCUGGUGGCUGACCCGGUACAAUGGACAUAUUGGCUACAUCCCCUCCAUGUGCCUCCGGCCCUACAAGAAUCCUCACAGCAGGCUCCAGACCAUUGUGAGCUGCAGGCUCAAUGCCUCCACCCCUGACCUCUCCUCCUCCCUGGGGGCUCUUCAGGCCCUGGACAAAGUGGCAGGAGAGAGUGUGGUGCCGCCUUGUCCUCCUCUUGACUUGACUGAAGAAGGGACUUCGACAAGCAGAUCGAGAUCUUUGCCCAGGGCCAGCUCCACUCCAGAUUUGGAGACCGAUAGCUCGUCUCUCAGCUCAGGCAGUGAGCGGGAUGGCAAGGCAGGCUGGAAGCCUGACUUAUCAAGGUCUCUGCCUGAAGUCGAGCAGGCCAGGAGCUCUCCCCUCGGGAAGGCCUUGGCAACACACAACAGUAAAUUUCCACACCUCACCCACAAAGACAGGAACGAUUCUGGCUUUGUGGAGUCAUCUGCCACUGAUCUAAGUUACUCCGUCGUUGACUCAGACUUGGCUGCCUGUGUCCCCAAGGUACCCAUGCGCCCCUCAGUCCAUGAGAUCCUCCAGAAGUGCAGCACCGUCACAAAACGAGCCAUGCAGCAGUCAGCCUCCCGGCCGGCCCUCCCAACUCUGCACACUCUCCAGAGCGUGCAGUAG